AUGUCAAUGGCUAAUCGUUUCUCUCGAGAAGAGAAAGGCAAAGGAGUGGUUGGAUCUAACAAGUGGAUUAGGGAAAAACCAAUCCGCCUCCCCGACGAACCGCAAGAUGAACUCAUCGAAGCAAAUCGCCUGUCCUUGAUUGGUAGAGUACUUAACCAAGAUAUUCAACGUCCUCAUGCUCUAAUAGGGUAUAUGGUCCAAUACUGGAGACUUGAAGGACAUAUCACGGGUAAGGUCCUUGGGAGAGAUCGGUUCCAAUUCAAGUUUGAGAACGAAGUAGAUCUCGAAGCUGUACUAAAGGAUGCGCUGUUUCACUUCAAACGAUGGAUGUUCAUCCUCCAAAGGUGGGAACCUGUGAUAGCCGAUUCCUUUCCAUCGCCCAUACCAUUCUGGAUCAAGAUCCAAAGUAUUCCCCUUCAUGGAGGUACGACAAGAAACCUCAGGGCAAUAGGCAAAGUCCUAGGCGACUACAUGGAUGUGGAUACAUAUGACAAUAGGGUACGUGUUAACGUUAAUGCCCUCCAGCCACUGGUAAUGCAAACCUCGGUACAAUUCCCCUCUGGGGAUAUGGUAUCCAUUGAACUGCAGUACGAAAAGCUAGAGAAACAUUGUUUCGUAUGCCUAUCUCUUGCUCACGAAGAAAAGAAUUGCCCGCGAUCCUCAGCAUCAAAAUCUUCUGUGGUUCCAAAACCUCCGAGCAUUAAUCAAAUCAAUACUCGUAUCCGGUUGGAAACACAUAGGAAACGACAUGAAGAUCCUCAUCUCCCAUCGGCUAUGCUGCCAACCAGGGAUUACUCAUCUAGGUCCACGGAACACCAUGAGGCUAAUAAACUCACAAAGUACAGAAAUGAUUGGCACCAAAGUUCCCGUGACAACGAAGGCAACAGUGAUACAACAAGAGGAUUUAACGGAUCCCGGUAUCCCAAUCAUAACCGAUCUCCUCCUUCUCCAAGAUGUUUAGACUCUCGUCACGACUCUUCCUCACGGCAAACCAACUCCCACUGGCAACGAGUUGAAAACAGAGGAACAAACAUAACUCGUAAUAAGUCUCAUAACUCAAGACUACCUCGUAAUGAUGACUUAUUUAAUGCGACACGGGACCGACCAUCAAAGGAAUUUCAAAGAGCAAUCACUCUUCCUCAUCAAGACAAAACCGGGAAAAAUGGAACUAUCACUAGGAUUAGCACCGGAAAUGAUAGGCAACAUAGUGACGAUAGGACGGGAAACAUCAACCCCAAACCUAGCCCUUUCUCAAGACUAUCUCCUAAAUCCCCGGAGCAUGUGGUCACGUUUCGUGAAGCUACUAGUGCAGCAUCAAAAAGCUUGGAUCAGAAUCGUUUGAACCAAGAGGAUGUUAUCUUCAAUUCUAACUCAAAAUCGAGAAGACCAGCACUAGAAAGAAUUGAGGGGUCUAGCAACCCAAGAGAUAGGUAA